AGCUCCAGGUGGCCGUGGAGGAGGUUCUGCCCGAGCUGAAGCGUGAUGGCAUCCGUGUCUACUACCUGAGCUCCACAUCACCCACGCCAGGGGUGGAGGCACUGCUGCCCUCCAUCGAGGAGGCCUCGGAUGCACCUCUGCCCCCACAUCACCGUGCCAGGGUCACUGCCGACUCCAAGGCCCUCUAUAUCUACACCUCGGGCACCACAGGGCUGCCCAAGGCUGCGGUAGUGACGGAGCUGAAGAUGAUGAUGGUGGCCCAGCUGGCGAGGAUCUGUGGGCUGCGUCCGGAUGACGUGGUCUACACCACUUUGCCGCUCUACCACUCAGCAGGAUUCCUUGUCGGGGUCGGGGGCUGCCUCGAGGUCGGAGCCACCUGUGUCCUGCGAGCUAAGUUCUCAGCCUCCCAGUUCUGGGAUGAUUGUCGCCGCUACAACGUCACCGUCAUCCAGUACGUGGGGGAGCUCAUGCGCUACCUCUGCAACACGCCCAAGCGCCCCAAUGACAGGGAGCACGGGGUGCGCAUGGCCUUGGGCAACGGCUUGAGGGCUGAGGUGUGGAAGGAGUUCCUGCAGCGCUUCGGCCCCGUCGCCGUCUGGGAGUUCUACGGAGCCACCGAGGGCAACGCUGGCUUCAUCAACUACACCGGCAAGAUCGGCGCCGUGGGCAGGGCCAACGUCUUCCUCAAGUGUUUUGCUCCCUUCGAGCUGAUCAGGUACAAUGUGGAGGAGGACGAACCCGUCCGUGACGCACGAGGACUCUGCAUUCCUGUCAGCCCCGGUGAGACAGGACUGUUGGUCAUCAAGAUCACCAAGAACACCCCAUUCCAUGGCUACGCUGGUGACUCCCAGAAGACAGAGAAGAAGGUCUUGAGGAAUGUCUUGGUCAAAGGUGAUGCCUACUUCAACAGCGGAGACCUCCUCAUGAUGGACCAGGAGAGGUUCAUCUACUUCCAGGACCGUGUGGGAGACACUUUCCGGUGGAAAGGUGAGAAUGUGGCCACAACGGAGGUAGAGGCCACACUUGCCAUGGUGAACUUCAUCCAGGAGGUCAAUGUCUAUGGUGUCUCUGUGCCAGGGUGUGAGGGACGCUGUGGCAUGGCUGCUCUGCGCCUGAAGGACGGUGCCAGCUUUGACGGUCGCAGCCUCUACGCCUUCACACGUGACACUCUGCCUGGGUACGCUGCCCCACGCUUCCUUCGCAUCCAGGACGCUCUGGAGAUCACAGGGACCUUCAAGCAGUGCAAGGGCAACCUGGUCAAGGAGGGCUUCGACCCCCACAUCAUCAAAGACCCUUUGUUCUUCCGCGACGAUGCCAACAAGUCCUACGUCCCACUGACCCCAGACACAUUCGCUGCCAUCAGGGACAAGAAACUCAGCCUCUAG